AUGGCUCAUCCCUUCCGGAGGAAACAUCCCGUGUACUUCGCUGGAGGAUGGUACCUCGCUGGGUACCUCUGCGCGCCUCCCGACCGCCCCCCGGCCCCGUCCCGCACCACCCACACCACUUCUUACUACCCCGACGUCCCUGGCUCGACCAGUAGCUCGAGCGCCCGCACCAGUCUGUCUGGUGUCUCCGCGGUCCAGGAGCCCCGGAGCCCUCCGCCCCCAGCAGACCUGGCUAGUCAAUCCGAAUACGCCAUUGCGCCUUCCGACGGGUUCUAUCCCAGUCCGACCUCGCUCGGCAGUAUGAACCACACACAGCCCUACAUGGACGUGCACCCCCACAUGUCCUCCGCCCAACCCUACGCGUCGCAGGGUGCCACUGCGAGCGCCAUGUCGCAUUACCAAUACCCGCACCAGCCGCCGGUCUUGCAGCCGGCCUCGAGUUAUGCUCCCUCCCCCUACCCACAAUACGGCUACCCCAACGGCGUGACGUCUCCGCCAACCGGGCAUGCGCCGCCCGUGAGUUCCAUGGGUGGACAAAUGGGCGCACAGUUGCUGCCACUCCCUCAAGUGAACAACCAUCCUGCCGCAUCGUCCGGAUACGGAAACAGUACCGGAUCACCAUUGCAGGGCUUUGUCUAUGAUCCGACGGGUCAAAUCGCUCCUCCUGGGGCGAAGCCACGGGUGACCGCCACAUUGUGGGAAGACGAGGGCAGUCUCUGUUAUCAGGUGGAAGCCAAGGGGGUGUGUGUGGCGAGGAGAGAGGAUAACCACAUGAUCAAUGGUACCAAGCUGCUCAAUGUGGCCGGCAUGACUCGUGGUCGUCGUGAUGGCAUUCUCAAGAGCGAGAAGCUGCGCCAUGUGGUCAAGAUCGGCCCGAUGCAUCUGAAGGGUGUUUGGAUCCCAUUUGAGCGUGCACUGGAAUUUGCCAACAAGGAGAAGAUCACCGAUCUUUUGUAUCCGCUCUUUGUGCACAACAUCGGCGGGCUGCUGUACCACCCGGCCAACCAGAACCGGACCAACAUGGUCGUGCAAGAAUCGCAGCAGCGGCGUCUAGAGGGUCCUCCCGCGGGGCCCCAGCGCACCCCAACAGCGCCACAGCCCUCGAGCCUGCACCACCACGCCAUGCAGACGCCCAUGUCCUCACACCUGUCCCAGCCAUCGUCCAUGGGAGGCGGCCCCCGUCCCGGCCUCGACCGAGCCAACACCUUCCCCACCCCCCGGCUACGCUCGAUGCCGACGACGCCAGCCACGACUCCCCCGGGCAGCAACAUGCAGGGCAUGCCACCAUACCAGGGACAAUCCGCAUACGACAACAAGCCAUACUACUCCGCCGCACCGCAGUCUCACUCCCACUAUGCGCCCCAGACGCCUAUGACACAGUCCGGCAUUUCGAGCUAUGGACAAUCCCUCCCCACCAUGAACUACUUGAAGAACGAAAUGGCACCUCCGACAGGUCGGGCGCCCGGUGCUCCCGAGACCGAACCUGCGGAUCUGAAGUCUGACCGCUAUGCCCAAAGCAAUGGUCCCGGCGAUGCGGUCCCUGAGCAUGAACCGGAGUACCUGCAGGACCAGGGCUCCGCCUACAAUGGCCGCGGCUCGUACACCUACACGACCAAUCCGUCCGUUGGCUCCCUGACUGGCGAGCACUCCCAGCUGACCCCCGAGAUGACCGGCUCCCCGCAGCAAAAUGGCUCGGGCCGCAUGACACCGCGCACUAGCGUCAGCGGGCCGCCCCCUGACACCCGCGGCACCCCCGCCAACGGCGCGUCGGACCCGUACUCAAUGGCAUCGACAUCCACGCCCGUGUACUCGACCGCUAUGAACGGGAACCUCGGUUCGGGCAGCAAGCGUAUGCGCGAGGAGGAUGACGUUCUCCGGGGCGACAGCGGCGGCGAGUAUGAGAGCAAGCGCCGCAAGACCCUGACUGACGCGACGCUCGGCGGUCCUGUGGCCCCUCUUCUGCAGCCGAUGAAGACCGGUGGGGUGAUGGCCCGCCGUCGCUAA